ACCUAGCACUAAACAACAACAAAUCAGCUUUGUACUUAGUGCCGGAUAGCUUUCUUUAGACAUUAGUUUAAUGAUAUAUUAAAUAAUUGUACUCUGGUUGCCUGAGCAUAUGGAACUUAUCUGUUUAGUGAAGUGAGAAGUCUAUGUUAGGAAAACAUGGGUGAGUUUUACAAAGGAUCUUCCUAAGAGAAGGAAGUCACUGGGUGAUGGGGGAGAGUGAGGAUAUCAAGCUAUUGAGGUCUCCUCCCCUUAGUCAUUUCUUCUUGGGCAGGCAAUUCCACGAAACUAACAUAAUGUGCUUUGGAUCCUAUACAGAUGGCAAUCAGGAAUUAUUUCCCUGUGAAGUCUGUGGAAGACGCUUUGCAGCAGAUGUUCUGGAAAGACACGGACCAAUUUGUAGAAAACUCUUCAACAAAAAACGUAAACCUUUCAAUUCCUUAAAACAAAGAUUGCAGGGCACUGACAUUCCCACUGUGGGGAAGGAGCCUCAGUCCAAGCCACAACCCGUGAGAAAAUCUAACUGGAGACAACAUCAUGAAGACUUCAUUAAUGCGAUGCAGUCAGCAAAGCAGUGUACACUAGCCAUUAAAGAAGGCCGGCCUCUCCCACCUCCACCUGCUCCGACCGUCAACCCAGAUUAUAUUCAGUGUCCAUACUGUAAGAGGAGAUUUAAUGAAACUGCAGCCAGUCGACAUAUUAAUUUCUGCAAGGAUCAAGAGUCUCGCCGAGUCUUUGAUCCAGCCCAGACAGCAGCCAGAUUGGCAACCAGAGCACAGGGUAGAGCGCAAAUGAGUCCAAAAAAGGAACUGACUGUAACCAGUGCUGUGGGAGCUCUGCUACAGAACAGGGCCCUGGAGGCCAGUGCAGCGCCAACCAGGCCAGGAUCAGCUGUGGACCCUGCUUCUGGAGCAAAACUCAGACAAGGAUUUACUAAAUCUUCUAAAAAAGAUUAACUCCUCGAGGUCAGCCUGGCUCCCUAACCGUCUUCAACCUGGAUGGUCAUACCCAGGAACUCCACCUAAGGUCCUUCUGCAUGUGGAUGCACCUGUCUGUGCUUCUUCAAAGUGGCAGGAGUCAACUGCACAGUGUUCUGAUGGCGGAUGAAGCACACUUUCCCUUGUGAUAGAGACAGCUAUUUCCACAGACUUGGUAUCAUCUACUUCAAGCCAUGAUUUCAGACCCAUCACUUGGCAGCCUUAAGAGUCCAAAACAGCAUCAUGAACACAGCAUCAACAACAACACAGGAAAAGCCUGGCUACCUAGAACCCCGGUGCUAUUCUAACGAAAGAGAAUUCUCAUGCAACGGAUGUUAACCUUUCAAGUGCUGAUACUGAAAAAAAAAAAAAAAA